CGUCAGUGUCAUUUUGAAAAAGUUGGCAGUGCAACGGUUACGCGGAAUUCGGAGUGCGUCGAGUGGAGUGCGCCUUCUAAUUGUGAUCUGAAGGGCAAAGGAUAUGAGGAGCCGAUCAUGACAAACCAAGAAACGCUGUCAAGGACAUUUUCUCUUUAUGGACUGCUUUGGCACGACGAACUUCAAUAUCUUAUUCUCAAAAGAGGACAUAUUGCUUAAGCGAAACGUCAUCUAUAGGCUCUUUCUCAGAGACACCGCUCUGUAUAGGCUACGCAGUGUCAUGAAAUGUGCUUGUGGCACCGUACCUUAUGUGAUUCAAGACAGUCGUGUUGGAACUUAAAUAAGGGAUAUUUGUCCUAUUUUAACGUUCCUUAAGACAAGGAUACAAUAUUGAACAUUUUCUACUCAAGACUAUAAAUGGACCUGCAGUCACGCCACCCCUGACGCUCACCCACAGACCGUUUCAUGGGUUCCCGACCAACAAUGGGCGAACCUAACCGGCUUACAUGCCCAGACCUCCGGCUUUAGAAUAUUGGGGGACAUCAUUCAAAGUUCACACAACUCUUAGUAAAAUAGAGGCAACCAAAUUGUAUUGCAUUGAAAGUGAUCGACUGAGAUUUAUCAAAUUAGGCUAUUUGUAAGAGGCAUUUUAUCUGUGCGCUUGAUUGCCAAGAAUGAUUAUCGAUGGCAAUAGAUUAUACGUUGUUACAUUGUAGCUAAUUACAUUGUGUAAUUGUUCAUUAAUUAAUCAAGUUGCAGUUUCAAGUCAAUCAUUGGAGUGUUUGCCUACUCAUUUGCUCAUGAUUUUUCACGUUCAUGCGUAACGGUAUGGGAAUGCCACCAGCGCUGUCAUUUUAUAGGAUGGAACCUAAGGACAACAGAUGGAAUAUUGAUUGAGUGGAGAGAAAAGCAAAACACCAAUUAAUUGACCAACAUUUGGCGUGACUUUUGGUGUACUGCACAAUGGGGGUUUUGCUUCAAGUUAUUCUAGGAAUGUUCCUCUUGCUCUCAAGAAUACGCACGUCCCAUGCCAAGCUAGCCCACUGGAGACCUGCAGACACCACCCCCAAAUCCAGAGAAGUGCGUCGGUGGUUGGAGGUGUACUCUCGUAGUGUUUGUGAGCCCAGGGAUACACUGGUGGAGGUGUGGCAGGAGUUGCCAGGGGAGACGCAUCACCUCUUCGUGCCCUCCUGUGUGUCUGUCCGCCGCUGUGGCGGGUGCUGCUCUGACGAGGCACUGGAGUGUGUGCCCUCACUCACACAAACUAUCACCAUGGAGCUAAUGAAGACCUCCUUUAUGAAGCAUGAGCUCAUUGAGCUGGACUUUGUUGAGCACAGCCAGUGUGAGUGCAGACUAAAACAGGAUCUUCAGUCAGCCCCAACCAGACCUGCAAAGCCUCUGAGGAAAGGCAGGGAAAGGGACAGAGGAAAAUCCAAAAGAAAGAAAAUUGGAACUAUCAAAACCACACCCCCCAAUCCCCCCACUACCCCAUUUCCUCUCCCUACCACCCUGUCUUCCUUGCCAGGCUCUCGAUGUACCCCCUGUCCUGGGAGGAAGUGGACGCUGGAUUUACAGUCUUGUCUGUGUCGCUGCAACGUGACCACAGAGAGCUGCAGUCAGAAAGGGAGGAGACUCAACCAGCACCUCUGCAGAUGUGAGGCCAUGAGGCGGUGAUGAUCUCUCUCCCCCCUCUCUCUCUCUCUCUCUCCCCCCUCUCUGUCUCUCCACUGGGUCCAAUGUCACUCUCAGCCAUGCAUCCUGGGUACCCCUCUGUCAGGGGUGGGGUGGGAAAGCAUAUUCCUAAGUACUCCCUUCUGUGUCCAUCCUUGUCCUCCAGAAACACCUUCAGGACGUUUUCAGACCCCUUGACUUUUUCCACAUUUUGCCUUACUCUCAAAUUGAUUAAAAAAAAAAAAAUUCUUCAUCAUCAAUCUAUGCACAAUACCCCAAAGCAAAAACAGGU